GAUAAUUUAUACGCCUGCAACCUUAAAGUGCUUUUUUUUGCACACUUUAAUUUUUCUUACGUUACGCCGAAAUGGGAAAAAAGUGAAAGGAUGAUCAAGUGCAUCAACAACAAUGUCACGUUACGAUAUUGAGAAGUUUGAUCCUCCCCCAGACCCUGAUCUUGUCUGUUGUAUAUGUCAGUGUGUAUUAGACAAGGCUGUAGAGUGCCCAUGUCGACAUGUGUUUUGUCAGAGUUGCAUCGAGCGUUGGCUCUCAAACCGUCACACCUGUCCAACAUGCAGGAAACGCACACGCAAGCAGGAUCUCAAACCGGUCCUGCCAUUGGUGCAAAAUAUGCUUAACAGGCUUUUGAUGAUAUGUGAGUACAGGGACAAUGGUUGCAUAGAGAAGAUAAUGCUGGAACAUUUUGAGCGACACAUCAAGAAUUGUAGCUAUGAGAUGAAGACAUGUCGGUUUUCAAAAUGUGGUAUCAGAAUUCUACGCAUGCAUCUUGAUAAACAUGAGAAUGAGGAGUGUGAGCAUAGAGAGAUGGUGUGCGAGGGUGAAUGUGGACUGAUGAUCCCUCUCAGUGACAGACCAUCUCAUAACUGUGUUGCUGCCCUUAAAGCUCACAUUGAUGAGAAGAAUAGAAUGAUUGAGCAACUGAAGGUGAAGCUGCAUGAACUAAACAACCUGUCACAGUCACUGAAUGAUCAGCUUGUGGAGUUGCGACAACAACUUAACGAUAGGACUCAUAUUUUCAGCUCUGCCAGCUCAGAUAGUAGUGAAAGUGAUGUUACUGAUUUUAUGUCUGAUGAUCUCAGUAGGGACUCAUUUAGGGAUUCCUGGUUCGAUAGUGCAGCAUCCAAUAUUUCCGGAGACAUAGGGGAUAACGCUGACAAUACAGCGAGCAAUGAUGCAAAUCAGGGUAAUAACAACACUGCAGGACACUCUGAAGGUUCUGAUGUAGUUGAACAGGUGGAGAGAACGGUGGUAAAUAGUCUGUUUGAACUUUCUUCAAGACUCGAGCGUGUUCGUAACCAAAUGAGAGCAGUACUCAAUUCAAGGCUUGUACAAGAUCAGAAUAAUUUGAAUGAUGAAGUGAGAAUCCCAUCAGCUGCAGAGCUUGAUGCGAUUGUUAACAACAGUAACAAUGAUAACAAUAAUGCUGCUCCAGCUAAUUCUGCAGCAAAUCCUGCAAACACCAGUAACGUUAAUGAUUAUCAAAAUGAGUACAGCUUUGAAAGUCAACAAAAUAGAGAUAAUUCUAAUACUGACACAGAUGCAUAUUAUGUUACUGAUGAAGAAAAUAAUAUGAAUAACACAUAUUCUUAUGCAAAUGAUAGUCAGGGGAGUAACUUGACCGCAGAAAAUCAGCCUGCUGUUACGGCUGGUUCUGAUGUUAGUGAUUUGAAUUGGAUAUCAGAUACAGACACCAAUUAUACUGCAGAUAUCCAUUCACCGAAUACUGCACGCUCACCUUUUUAUGAAAGAUAUACUCCAUUUAGAAAUGAAAAUCAUAACUAUAACAACCAGUAUAUAUCAGAGCAUGUUAUACUCUCUCAACCCCCUGAUUCUCCCUCGGACACAACAGGAAGUUUUUCAAGUAUUCCAUCUACAUCAUCUGUUGCCUUCAGUCCUAUGAGAUCACCAGGCCAUGACGAUUCUGUUCAUGACUCCUUAUCUACAUCACAAGCUUCAAAUGACCAGCCUAGUCGAGAUCCCAGUGAAAGAGGUUUCACAUCUUCAGAUAAUAACACAAAAUCCCCAUGCAGCUCUGUUCCGAGGUCUCCUGAUUCGUGUAGAAAUGAUAACAAUAGUGAGCAUGGUACAUCUUUUACAGUUUCAAGUCCGGCACAUUCUGUAUCUUCAAUAGCCUCUACAGUCAGGGAUCAGAGUUCAAAAUCAGAAGCUAGUCAUUUAAGUUCAGAUGAGGAGUACUGCUCCUCGCGCAACAGAGAUAGUCCUAAUCAUGAUAAGUCAGGAAGUAGUGCAAGUAGUUUACUGAGUUCUAGUGAUUCUCCAGAUUCAGAUAUAGAUGACGUUAGAAAUGUAAACUAUUCGCAAAAUGACAAUAAGGAAGAAAACAUUGGUGAAACCAGCUAUGUUGAUAGAAGUUUAGAUUAUGAACAUGAGGAGAGUCAUGAGGAUAUUGAAAAUACUGAUCAUUGCUCGGAAACAAGUGCUGAUGAUAUUUUACAACUCAAAGAAGAACACAAUGAAUCUGACAAUGUUGAAGAUGGUCAACAUCAUGAUGAUACUGAUUUUAUAGAAGAAGGGCAUGUUUCUAGAUGCGAACCAGAUAGUACCCAAAGUCCGUUGGCCAUACAACAACAUCAAAAACUUAAUUCAUCAGGUGGCUCUGCAGGAAGCAACCAAAUAUUGAUAUCUUCUGCAACUGAAUCAACAGAUUCUGAAGAAUCUGACUCAUUGAAAUAUUUAACUAAACGUAUUAGACGCAGUGAAAGACAUACAGAUAUAGAUUGUGCUGGGAACAUAAACAAUAGUGAGGGCGAUCAUCAUAUUAUUAACAAUGAAAGCACAGAUCCUAGUUCAACUGUGGACAGUGGUUUUAUAACUGGUUCAAACAGUCCUACCAGUGUGAGUCAACCUGUGAGUACUAACAAAAAACAUUCUGGCCGUAAAAGGAAACAUAAUGGUAAUAAUGAGUGUGAAGAAAAUAAGGAAAGAGUAAGUGGAGAUUCAUCACGUAAUAAUAAUGAUCAGAAAAGUCACCCUCACUUAUCAAGAGAACCAAACACACUAUCAGAAACAGUAUCAAAUAACUUGUCAUAUAGUAGGUAUGGGUUUAAAAGAAGAGUUUAUGAUAACGACCAUAAUACAGUGGAUAACUGUAAGAAAAUGAAAGCCAGUGCUACACAGCAUCUUAAUACACAAACAAAUCUGCAUCGUUCUAGAAGCUCUCCGCCACGUAGUCGUCAAUCAUGGAGAGAACCAACACAUCAUUUGAGGAGAAAUAGAGCAAGUGUUAAUAGAUGGGAUAGUCAGUCAAAUGACAAUAAUGGACAAAGUUUAAACGUUAAGAUAGAUUUAUCAUUGAUCAAUUAUUCGGGACAUCUUGGUAACGAAUCAUCAUGUGCUACUAUACCGACUGCUACCGUAGUACAUAGUGCAAAUAUAUCCCCAAUUCCUACAGCUUCUACGGUUAAACGAGAAACAGCAUUGACAAACUCAAGGCAAAAUCUGUCAGAUGAAAAUAUCAAGUCAAGUACACCAAAGCAAGAAGACACAACAAAAAGAAGUAGCCAUAGACAACGUUCAUCUAGGGCACAGAGACAUCACACAGAGUCUCUCUGUUCAACACGUAACACAAAUAACAAUGCCAGUCCAGUAAGAGGAACACUUAAUAAUACAAGUAGUCGAGACUUUCCCAAUUCUUGGCGGGACAGUUCUGAUAGUAGCUCUGAUAACACAUGGGAACCAGCUACUGACUGUGACGAGAUGGAUGACAGCAGUACAGAAGGGGAUGAUGGGUUUGAGACUGAAUCGAGUUAUGAAGUUCAGAUUCCAAAAUCAACUGCAGCGUUGCUGGAGGAGUAUGCAUCUGAUGAGUCUGACGAGAGCUGGACUGUUGGCAUGAAUUAAUUAAUAAAUAUGAAUUAUGCGGAGUAGCCAUGUUGUGAUUAAUGUCUUAAUUGUAUUGAUUAGAAAAUAACCAUUUAAUUUGACACCAAGUGACUAUUAUAACCAAAUAUGCAUUGUUAUGCAACUUUGUUAGGUUGAUAUGAUUGUUGAGUGUGCGUGGAUGAAUAUAAGUACAUUUUUGUUAAUAUAUAAAUGAACCAGGAAUUUCUUGUAUACUCAAGUUGUGAGGGGCUAUUAUGGAAUCAUCUUGUCCGUCAGACCAUCUGUAUACACGGCAAUCAAGUUUUGGAGACUAACUCAAAGACUAUAUGAAUAAGGGGGUGUCAAGUUGUAACUUCAUAUCUAUAAACUGAGAAGAUCUUAUUGAGCAGAAUUGCGAUUUGUAAGAAUAGUUAAUUUUUUUAUUGUGUUUUGCCAUUUGAAAUUUUUCCUUAUCAUAACUCGAAGAUUAAAGGAGGUAUGGAAAUAUAGAUAUAGAAAUGCGUUGCUUAUAAUCGUUAUUUUCUUCAACAUAACAUAGGAUUUCUAAUUUGUUUCUUGUCCUGACCUUAACUCGCAUACCUUUAAAUGAACCAAUAUGGACCAUUGUUUGUUGAUGGAUAUUGUCGGAGUAGUAUAUAGCAUUGAAAUAAUUCAGUACUUCAUCGUGUUUGAGCUCUUGCUGUUUCUUAAUUUUUCCUACUUUUUUGCCCAAAAUUGUAAUUAUAACUUGUUAAUUUAUAUAAAACAAAAUGCAUGGCAUACAACGUUGCAUAAUUUUAUGACUUUUGCUACACUUGUGUAACAACAAUGUAUUUUACUGGCUAAUAUGGAACAGUUUUAAAAACUUUUGGACACCACAAAAUCUCAAUUUUAGAAAUGAGUUGCAUAGGAAAAUUAUUUAUGUGUCACGGUCUGCCUGUCGGACAGACCAGCCUCGGAAAAUGCUUGAUUAGUCGGGCUGUUGUUCCAAUUCAACUGUACAAAGCAUACAUUGCAUCAUCAAUGGGAAGGGUACCAUCAAGAUCUAUUGGUUUUAAAUAUUUUGCCGCAUUUUCAUUUCUGCUUUCUUAACUCUGUUUUCUUUUCUACGUACUUCUGCAAAAUGAUUAAACAUUUUACAGCUUUGGUUCAACAUUUACGUUUAAACUGGUAGGUCUCGCAGUGACAUACACUGGCACUAUUUACCCGUCGUAUGACUAGUGCUAUGUUUGUUGCUGUCUGUUUUUCUAUUUUGUGGUUUAAAUGCUGCUGUGGAGGAUUUCUUGACUGCAUCUGAUUGGGUGGAUUGGGCUUGGCCACUUUAACUCAUUACCUAUGUCUGACUUGAGUGCAAUACAAAAUACAUCUUUCUGGAGUUUAUUGAUCAGUUUUUCUCUAAUACUGUGUGCCCGUACACCAAAUACUAUAUGAUCGCUUUAGGAUCAUCUCUUUCCCCAAGUUCCUUUGUCAAUAAAUUCAACAAUUUGAUAAACUCCUCAAAGGUUUGUCCAUAAGCUUUUGUACACGAUUUAAACCAGCAUCCACGGGUAUGUUCGGUUGACAUUGGAUGCAUACUUUGUGUCGGAGCCUGUGUAAUACGUCUGUAACUGUUUUCGUUCUUCAGCAGAAAUUGUCCAGGUUUAGAAAAUUUGUCUUUCCUUUUCACCGACCUAGACUAUUUGCUUCCUCCGUUUUGUUUCCCAGUAAUCCUCAAAACAAAGUUUGAUAAGUCCCUUGCUCCCCAGUCCAUUCUUUGAUUUAUGUAUGCAUUUAUCUUUUUACAAUGGUGAAAAUUACAAGAAAUAUUUUUAAUAUAUCCACCUUUUUUCAAACAUCAUGUUUAAUGUAUGAUACCGUGUCGAGGAUUAACGGCACACAAUAUAUAAAUUCUAGUUGUUUAUUUUCAUGUUGUAUAAUUACUAGUUCUUUUAAAUAGGUUUACCCAUUUCAGCAAGUCCAACAACGUUUUGCUCGUAAAUUAUCCCGAAGAGUUUAAAAUUUGAAGUUGAAAGUUGUGCUUGUUGUUUACACUUCUUUCAUGUAAAAAAUGUUUUGUUUUUUAGAUUUAGCUCGAUGCAUUUAAUUGUGAAAACUGAGAUAUUAAUAAAGUUCUGUUAAGUUACGUCUUGUGCUAUUUGUUAACCUGUUACUGCAUUGUUUGAAGGUAAAGGCUGAAUUAAUACGAAAACAUAGAAUAGAGAUUUUUUAUUAAGACUUGCUUAUGAUUUGUCUUUAAAGAAAUGCAAAUAAUUUAUUGUUUAAGAAGUUGUAACACCAUUACAUGUUAAUAAAAUGUGUACAAUUUC